AUGGGCAGAGAGAACUACGAUUCAUCACGGAUGGAUUGGUUUCAGGGAACUGUUUCUGGUGUUACUGUUCCCGGUAAAGAUCAACCAUGGAGCGGUUCUCCUUGGCGCGUGCUUCAGAGUACAUGGGAUGAAUCCGAAAUAUUGAAGAAUGUAAAUCCGGUCAGUCCAUGGCAGGUGGAACUUCUUUCUGAGACACUUUUACUUCCUCAACUAUUUCCCCCAACAAAGAGGUUCAGAAUUGCAGAUGGUUAUGAAGUAUUCACUAAUGAAAUGGGAGAAUCCUCUUCUCCCAUUACAAGAUUUUCUAUUCCUGAUUCAACAAUGAGAUUGCUGAAUCAAACAUUGUUGAAUAAUUAUGAUACUUCUUUUUCUGGUAGCAUGCAGGGAGCCAUGCAUCCUCCAUUUUCUCCAUCUACUUAUCCCCUCUUUCCGAUUAACCCUUCUCUAUCUAUUGAUAAUUCCUUUGAGAAUAAUAUUGGAUCGAAGUUAAAUACUAUGUUGCCCGAGCUUAACAUUGACCCUCAUAAACCUAAAAACUUAUCACAACAUAACAAGUCUAGUUCGACUCCCGUUGAUGGAAUCCCUAAAAGCAACUCAACCAAAACUGGAGCAACUUCAUUUCAAUUAUUUGGUUGUACUAUUCAAACAGAUCAAGCUUCUCAUAAAAUAAUUGAUGACGAUAGCAAUGUUGGAGGAGAAGAUAACAAACAAUAA